CAACUGCGCCGAUUGGUGAGAAGGACGGUCAAGGCGCUGUCGCUCAGUCUCCUUACAGCCAGUUAGAAUCGUACAACAAGGCUGGUAGGCGGGGCAAAUCAGGAACGGAAAAGAAAGAAACCCAAAUAUUUGGAAUUUUUUUUAAUAUUUCCCCCAUUUGAACUUUUCCCGGAGGGGGGGGAUAAGUUUCCACCAGAAAUGAAAAAUAAGCAAAUAAACGGUUGGGGGGGGGGGGGAGGGCACCAACAUUCCCGAGGAGAAUGACUCUCCCACCAUAGAGCCGGCACUCCUAGACAGGGCGGAAGAGAAACCCGUGGGGAAGUGGGCGUGGCCUGGGGUGGGGCUUAUACUUGGCAGUCUGGAGAAGUGCGUGCUCGACUCCAAGCGGUGGAAGGAAAACAAGACAACAUGCCUCUGGCCAGAGACUUAAAUCACCCGUCCUUAGAGGAUGAGAAGAGGAAACACAAAAAGAAACGCCUGGUACAGAGCCCGAAUUCCUACUUCAUGGAUGUCAAGUGUCCAGGAUGCUACAAGAUCACCACGGUGUUCAGCCACGCCCAGAUGGUGGUUCCGUGCCUCGGAUGCUCAACCGUCCUGUGCCAGCCGACGGGAGGCAAAGCCAGACUCACAGAAGGUUGCUCGUUCAGGAGAAAGCAGCACUGAAUCCCUUUGCUGCUGCCUUUGCCACGGAAGCCUUACGGAUCUGACCACACCGCGGCGGAAACUGAGCAAGUCAAUUCUGUUUCGCUUGGCGAACAAACAAAAAAUAAUCAGCAAAGGUGGACCUCGUCUUGUAUGCAGAUUUCCACCUCCCCCCUGGUGUGUCAAGGGGUAACUGAGCUCUUUGAUUGUGGGCUAUUAAUUGCAGAAAUAGGGGCUAUUAAUUGCAAAGAUGAAUUGAACAUA